GAGGUCCCGUCCGCGAGAAGCGUCGCCCUCGCCGCCGCGCUUAACGCGGCGGAAUCUCAUCCGUCGCGUCGCCUUCACCAUGCUGAGUCGCACCUCCCAACCUCGCAGAUGCGGCCUUCUUUUACCCGGGGGACAUCCUCACCGCGGAGAUAAUCAACCGCAGGGAUCAUAAUUGCCCAGCAAUUGGCCGAUCUGGCGGCCGAUGCCGAUGCCGAUGCGGCUCUCCUCGACGCGACGCACGUCGCGCGUACGUUUGACGCGGUGUGCACGGGAACAAUAGCCAACGUGACAACGCGUUUCGCGACGUGUUCCGGAUAUACGCGCAGUGUUUUCACCGUCUACCGAGCACAAAAGUGCCGGGGCACGUUGGAAAGACGGCAACUCGAGCGGCUCGAUUGCGAAAUCGAAUGCGAAUGCCAGUCAUCCGGCAAUGACUUUCGGAAAAUCCGUCUCCUUUCGCCGCUGCUUUUUUCAGAAGGAAGGCGAGUGACGCGAUUUGUCAGAGGUAUCACGCACCGAUUCACUGAAUUACGACGCCGGAAUUCAUCUCUGGAGAAUGUUUGCUCUUCCCGAGAUCCCCGUCUUGGUGAUGUGACGUGACGUGACGUAGAGGGCCCAACGCGUAUCCGGUGAUACUCUUCGAGGAGAAAGCGUCGUCGUCGCUAUCAGACGGGACCAAGUGCCCCAAUUUGUAUCACGCCGUUAAGGAGCGACAGCGAUGAUUUAUGAAAACGGCGGACACGCUUAAUUGCCUGUCAAUGUGAUCCGUCGGAUGGUGUCAUUACAUAUCCGAACACGUUCCUAUCCUCAAGCGGACCGAAACGAUUUUGUUGCUCGUGAUGGAAGACGCGACGGUUCCUUAAUCGCGACACAGCAUAAUGAGGGAGAUUCGAUACUUGCUCUUAAGGGUGGUCGGUGCGGUGGUGGUUGGCGCGGCUGUCUGCGGCCGCAUCCCUGGAUUGGCGAAAAGUCAGCGCGAGCAGUGCAGGAAAGCGCCGCACGCGAUGCCAGCAGUGGGCGAGGGCGCCGCGCUGGGUCUACGCGAGUGCCGGCACCAGUUCAGGCAUCACCGCUGGAACUGUUCCCACGUGUCCAACGAUCAGGUCUUCGGCCACGUGGUGGUAGUAGGUAGUAGGGAGGCGGCCUUCACGUACGCGAUAAGCUCAGCCGGCGUCACGUACGCGGUGACUGCGGCUUGCAGUCGCGGUAACAUCACGGCCUGCGGUUGUGAACCUGCUGUAAGGACCAGGAAGGAAUUACCGCCGAACGGUUGGGAGUGGGGUGGCUGCAGCGCCGACGUCACGUAUGGUAUGAGGUUCGCGCGUAGGUUUCUGGACGCGCGCGAGAUAGAGGGUGAUGCCCGGAGCUUGAUGAACCUUCACAACAACAAAGCUGGAAGAAAGAUAGUUAAGGCUCUCUUGCAGACGGAAUGCAAAUGCCACGGCGUGUCCGGAUCAUGCACUGUGAGAACAUGUUGGCGAACGUUGCCCAGUUUUCGCCAGAUCGGCGAUGCUCUGAUGAAGAAGUACUAUAGAGCUAGGCCUGUUAUCGCCGUUACACCGCCUUCUCCACCAACAAUACAAACGGUGGACACGAUGUCGCAUUCCAUGUCGCCAGAAAUGAUACCGAUAUUAGGCAACGAUGCGAAAACUCAGGGCAAGCCGAGCGAUUUCGCAAAAUCGCGACACGAUCGGCAACCAUCCUUAUCGAAGAAGACCAGCAAGUCGAGAAGGCCGCAUUUGAUUUUAAAGAGGGCGAAAGUCAGCGGCGGUCCCGGCAUGAGCCUCAAACGGAUUCCAAAGAGAAGCGAGCUGGUUUUUCUGCAACCUUCCCCCAAUUAUUGCGAACCAGAUUUAUCGCAGGGUAGCCUCGGUACGCAGGGCAGAUAUUGCAACCGUACUAGUAAAGGAACCGAUGGAUGUGACUUAAUGUGUUGCGGUCGUGGCUACAACACGCACCAAUUUACAAGAACGUGGCAGUGCAGAUGCAAAUUUCACUGGUGUUGUCGCGUACACUGUGAGACGUGUAUGGAACGUACCGAGGAAUACACGUGCAAGUAGCAACGUUAACAACGUAUGAUGUGUGUGUACAUAUUAAAACAAAAAAAACAUUUACAAAAACUGCAACGCAGUACUGCGUACUUAUCGACGUUAAGCUUAAAACAAACAAAUUAAUGCGCAAAACCGCCAAACUGUAUGUCAUUAGAAAAGCCGAAUUAUACAGCGGUAUCAAUUAUACUUCGGAUGCAAUUCUUUCUGUGUAGUCCUUAUCAACCAUAUUCGUUUUUAUCGAUGUUAUUUUGAAUGUUUUCAUGUGAUUACGAUAAUAGUAUUAUUAUAUUAAUAGAUAAAAUUAUCGUAAUUAAAAAGAGACAAACUUUUAGUCGCUUACGAAUUAUUCUAAAUAUAAAAUUAAAUAUAAAACUAAAUAUAAAA